CUCCUCGGCCCCAGCCAUGGCGCUUUCCCCGGCAACGGCUCCCUGAGCCGGGCUCCCGCUCCCCUCCGCCCCGAUGUCGGGUCCCCGCAGCGCCUUGCAGGCCUGGUGCCGCCGCCAAUGCGAGGGCUACCCCGGCGUGGAGAUCCGCGACCUCAGCAGCUCCUUCCGGGACGGCCUGGCCUUUUGCGCCAUCCUCCAUAGGAACCGGCCUGAUUUGCUGGACUUUGAUUCGCUUUCUAAGGACAAUGUAUAUGAGAACAACCGUCUGGCAUUUGAGGUGGCCGAACAAGAGCUGGGCAUCCCUGCCCUGCUGGAUCCCAGCGACAUGGUCUCCAUGAAGGUCCCCGACUGCCUCAGCAUCAUGACUUACGUCUCCCAGUAUUACAACCAUUUUAACAACCCCGACCAAGCCAGGGUCCCUCCGCCUCUGAAGCGCCCAGCGGCUGCCUCCUCGCCUACUCUGCCAGCCCACAGGCCCGUGGUUGCUUCCGAGAUGACAUCAGCACCCCAGGACGAUGUUGCUGAAGGCCCGGAGGAGCAGUCUCAGCGGACCACCCUUAGCAGCACCUGUGCGGCUUGCCAAAAGCACGUCCACCUGGUCCAGCGCUAUCUGGCCGAUGGCAAACUGUACCACCGCCAGUGCUUCAGGUGUAAAGAGUGCUCCAGCACGCUCCUCCCUGGAUCUUACAAGCCUGGACCAGAACUGGGCACCUUUGUGUGCACGCAGCAUCGUGGCAAGCUGGGCCUCAGUGUGAGGAGAGAGCACAGGCCGAGUCCAGAGCUUCAGCAUGCCAGGGAAAGCCAUGAGCCUGGCGUAGCGAGCGCGUGUGUGGAGGGAGAGAACGGAGUUUUGGAGAGUCGCCCAUCGGCCACAGAAGAGAUGGGGGAGAGAGCAGUUGACGGAGCCGAGUCGGAGGCUGAGGUGCCUCCUGCCCAGCCUAAGAAUGAAACGCUCGCCUCCGUUCCCAGCUCCGAGCCUUGCUCCCAAACGCCACCCAGGCCUCCAGUGCCAGCCAAGCCGCCCAUGCUCAUCCAGGACAAAGCCAGCCAGCAAUAUGGGCAGCUCAAGGAGACCCGGCCUACCCCCGCCCCCAGGAAGAGCACGGAUGCCACAGCCCUCUCCCCUCCAAACUCCCACCCUGUUCCAAGGCCCAGAGCCAACGUGCAGAGCGAGGGCUCCAGUGAGCCAGGAUCCGGUCUGGUCAAUGGUAGGCCAUUUGAACCCUGCCCUCCAGUUCCAAAACCCAGAGGCAGACCCACGUCCUCAGACCGAACCGGAGAAUCGCCAAGGCCAAAAGACCCUCCGUGGAUCGCGUUGGUCCAGGGGGAGCCCAAGAAGAAGCCUGCUCCUCCUCCCCCUCCUCCAGGCGGCAGCAAGGAGACCCCAGAAAGGCCUUUGGAAGAGGACGAAGGCGGCGAAGAGGAAGCAGGGAAGGCCCAAGGCAGAGAAGGCUGGCCCACUCUGAGGGAGCCCAAGCCCUAUAACCCCUUUGAGGAGGAGGAGGAGGAGGAGGAGGAAGCAGCGAAAGAGGAAUCAGUCAUGCCGCAGAGCACCCCGAAACAAGAGCCGGGCGAGGGUGAGGCCAGCUCCAAGACUGCUCACCCCUGGUACGGCAUCACUCCCAACAGCAGCCCCAAGACCAAGAAACGACUGGCUCCGAGGGCCCCCAGCGCCUCCCCGCUUGUCCACCACCCCAUCUCCAGACUCUCCCGCUCCGAGCCGCCUUCCUCCACCCCGUCGCCCGCCCUCAGCCUGGAGAGCAUCACGUCCGAGUGUUUGGCCAAGGCUGCUGACAACCUGGAGGAGACCUCUGUGCCCAAGAGCUCCUCUGAGCCUGCGGUCCACGCUCCCGUCGCUUCCGUUGUCAUCUCUUGCUCGGACCCUCCGCUCGCCAGCGUCUCCUCCAGCGAGGGCCCUGUGGCUCUGCCUAGCGGCUCGACUGUCUCCUCCCUAUCGUCGUCCAGCGAUUUGGCCGGCGACGGCCACGAAGUGCAGGGGGGGGAUUUACAGACUACCCGAAGCUGCUCAGCUGGGAACUUGAAAAGCAUCCCCGGGCGAGUCUCCCCCAGGCCGCCUGCCGGUGCCACUCCUACGCCCCUCCUCUUGGCUUCAGAUCUGAGUGGUGGAGCUGCCAGGAACUCUCCGUCACCCAAAGCACAGCCGAAGUCAUCCUGCAAAGAGAACCCCUUCAACCGGAAGCCGUCGCCUGCUGCCUCCCCCUCAAUUAAGAAAACUCCAAAGGGACCCAAGCCGGCGAGGCCUCCUGCUCCUGGACAUGGCUUUCCACUGAUCAAACGGAAGGUUCAGUCAGACCAGUACGUCCCGGUGGAGGACAUCUAUGGUGAGAUGGACAGCAUAGAGCAGCAGCUGGAUGAACUGGAGCACCGAGGAGUCGAGCUGGAAAGGAAACUCCGCAGCAUGGAGAACGAUGUCCCCGAGGACGGUUUGCUGGUGGACUGGUUUAAACUCAUCCACGAGAAGCACAUGCUGGUGCGGCGUGAGUCUGAACUCGUCUACAUUUUUAAGCAGCAGAACUUGGAGCAGCGUCAGGCGGACGUGGAAUAUGAACUCCGAUGCCUUCUCAAUAAACCUGAGAAAGAUUGGACGGAUGAGGACCGAGUGAGGGAGAAGGUGUUGAUGCAAGAGCUUGUGACCAUCAUUGAACAACGGAAUGCCAUUGUCAACUGCCUGGACGAGGACCGGCAAAGGGAGGAAGAGGAGGAUAAAAUGUUGGAAGCCAUGAUUAAAAAGAAAGAAUUUCACAAGGAGGCCGAGGCUGAUAACAAGAAGAAAGGGAAAUUCAAGCCCAUGAAAGUGCUGAAGCUGCUUGGGAACAAACACGAGUCAAAGAGCAAGUCGCCCAAGGAGAAAAGCUAAAGCAGGCGGCAGCCAGAAGCGGGGAGGGCUGUCGUGUGCUCUCCGUCUGCACCGGUCCUGACUGGCUGGGCACCUGGUAAAAGCGGACUUCUGGCCUCCUGCCCUUUUCUUUUUUAGAAGCUGUGCCUCACCUUACACCAAAGAUGGCUUUUCCCCAGAGAAAUUCAGUCGAUUUCCAGCAAGAGACACUCCUUUGCCUACUAAAGGGGGAGGUGUGGCAGGUCCAGUUGGCACUUGAAAAUUACGGGCAGACAGACUUGGAGGAGGAAGCUAACUGGUCCCCGUCAGCUUCAGGCUGGGAUGGGGGUGGGGAAGCAAAACAGCGUCAGAUUUCCUCAGUUGUGUACGUGUUCUUCUUAUUAAUGGCUCUGAGCAGUCCAGGAUUUGGGUGUCUAUGGGAAACUUGCACUAAUAGUCCCCUUUCUCUAACUGUGAUAGUCACGUGUGCCUCGUACCCCUCUCCUUUGGGGAGCAGGAGACCUUCCGUAGCAGUCCGGGAGCCUCCCUGUCCCUGCUCCAAAUCCCUUUUCCUGCUUGUCCCAUAUAUAUAAAUCCCACUUUGGUCAUUUGAAAAGACUUUGGGCUUUCAGAGCAGGAUUUAUUUAUUUAUUUUGUUGGUAUGAACUGUUAAAACUAGAGAUAUCACAGAAAACGCUUCUGGGUCAUAUAGAAACAGCCAAAAACCUAAGCAGUGCCCCUACUUCUAGAAGCCUUCUCUGCACCAAAGGAGGAUGUUCUGUGAAUGCUCUUGGGAACUAUUUUAAAAAGCUGGGAGAAAAGCUGAAGGCAGCCAUCCCAAACCUGGUGCCCUCCAGAUGUGUUGGACUGCAACUCCCAUUAUCUCCAACCAUCAGUUAUGCUGGUGGAGGGUGGUGGGAGUUGUAGUCCAAGGCAUCUGGAGAGGGCUUCGUUAAAGGGAUGGUAUUUGUGCAGGUCUGGAUAGGACACUCAGUGGCCCUUUUAACCCUCUUGAUUGCUGCUGCUAAUUUCAUCCAUGGUGCUCCUCAGGGGACACAGGGGGCUGGGAAAGGGUCAAGCAUUCCCUGUCUGCUGUUAGGGCAUGCGAGGAUGUCAAGCUGUACUCAACGCCAAUAGGGCUUCUUUUUGCCUUGCUCAUCAGUGCCACCCUUAGCCCAUUUGGGAGGGAUCUCUGCUGCUCCUCCCCCAGCUUGAUCUGUAUAUACUUUUCUAAGCGUGCAAGAGAGCUCUUUCUACAGUUUUCUGAGCUGAAUUCCAAACUCCGCCCCCUCCCCACUUCCAGCUUUGUUUUUAUUUGUUUUGUGUGAGUGUGCGUGCGUGCAUUGGGAGGGGAGUCACGUCUUUCCUCCUUCCUUUCUGCCUUCUCCUCUGAGUUGAGGAGCUAUUUAUUGAGAUGUUUGUUUGGUCUGAGUGAAACACUGAUAGUAUUGUAGGUGUUGGUUAGUCAGCUGUUAGUCUUGAGUUCUUGUUAGCAGAGUAGACUACCAGCCCAGAGCAAAUUGCUGUGCUGCCUUAUCCAAAUAAGAUGAAUUUUUGGCAAGUCCCUGGCUAUGACGCGCCGCCUUGACCAUUCCAGAAGAGGAUCUAAGUUCAUCAGUGUUGCCAGCUCUGGUCAAGGCCAUGUUCUAAGCCACCAUCUGAUUCCUGCUCUCCACAGCAAAGUGACCCCUGGGUUUGAUCCCAAAGCACAACAUUCCCCUCGAUAAAACAAAACAAGCCAGUGUUCCAAAAUGCCGCCAGACAGGCUCCCAUCAGAAAUCCCCACACCCUGGUGGACAUAAUUACACUGUAUUAACUUCAAUCUCCGCUGACAUGCAGGGAACAAAAAUAAAUAAAUAAACAAUUGUAUUUAGCAUCUGUUGUAGUGUUUAUUUCUGUGUUUGAGUCACCUUCACCCAGCAGAAAGGGGACAAGAUCAGUUCUACAUGAAUAUAUUUCCAG